GCGGCGGGGCGGGAGCGGGGCGGAAGUGGACGGCGGGCGGGUUUCCGGCGGCAGGCGGGCGGCCUGGUGCUGGUGUCCGGCCCAAUGUCGCCGAGUGCCCGCACCUGGAACAGGAAGUUGAGUAUGAACACAAUUGAAGGCGAAUCUGACACAGUUACCGUGGAAACGAUCAGCUCCGUAACUCUCGCCCAGGACACCGAAGGCAAUCUAAUCCUACAUUGUCCUCAACACGAAUCUGAAGAUAACCAGGAACCUCUGCAUAAAAGGCUUUGUUUGUCGGCUGAAGAUGACGGCAGUCUUGAAUCCACGGGGAUUGCGGGUCCCUUUGCAGCAGUGCAGUCCGUCGUUACUCUCCCAAUCUCGGACAACGAUCACAGUUUUGAGGUAACCAUGACUGGCGAGGCAGCUUCAGAACUGUCUCACGCCGACGACAUAGAAGACACUGAAACUAUUACUCAGAUACAGAUCUUGCACAAUGAGGAUCAAAUGGAGGGAAUUUCACCCCAGAACAACGAGGAUCUCGAUCCAGUCAGCCAAGCCUGGUUUACUACAAAAGAAGACAAGGAUACGUUGCAGAACAAAGGUCACAAGUGGAAGCAGGGGAUGUGGUCGAAGGAAGAAAUAGAUGUUUUAAUGAGCAAUAUUGAAAACUACUUACAGAUUCACGGACUGAGUGAUGCCACAGAAGUCAUAUUUGAAAUGUCUAAAGACGAAAGGAAAGAUUUCUAUCGAACAAUAGCACGAGGUCUUAAUCGGCCGCUGUUUGCGGUGUACAGAAGGGUGCUGCGCAUGUACGACAACAGGAACCACGUGGGGAAGUACACUCCACAGGAGAUUGAAAAGCUUAAAGAGUUGCGAUCCAAGCAUGGCAAUGACUGGGCAACUAUAGGGGCUGCUCUGGGGAGAAGUGCUUCUUCUGUAAAAGACCGCUGCAGACUGAUGAAGGACACCUGCAAAACUGGGAAAUGGACGGGGGAGGAGGAGAGGCGGCUGGCUGAGGUGGUCCACGAGCUAACGGCGACAGACCCUGGGGAUAUCGUCACACAAGGGGUGUCGUGGGCCGCAGUGGCGGAGCGAGUGGGGACUCGAUCCGAGAAGCAGUGUCGCUCCAAGUGGCUCAAUUACCUCAACUGGAAGCAGAGUGGUGGCACGGAGUGGAGUAAGGACGACGAGAUGAACCUCAUUCUAAGAAUAGCGGAGCUGAACGCCGAGGAUGAGAGUGAGAUUAACUGGGACAUCAUGGCGGAGGGAUGGAGCAGUGUCCGAUCCCCGCAGUGGCUGAGAAGUAAAUGGUGGACCAUCAAGCGACAAGUCACCAACCACAAAGACCUGACCUUCGCAGAACUGGUGGAGAGUCUACGGCAGCUGGUGGAGAGCCUGAAGCAGCCGCAUGCCGCCAUGCACCAGCUGUGCGACGGGCAGACCGGGGCGGGCUCACGCCAAUCCAACCCUGCAGCCGUGCAGCAGCUGCGCGUCCGCCUCACACAGAUGGAGGAGAGCGGCAGCAUGCCCAGCAGUCCGGUGGCAGCACUACAGAUCCCAGUACAGAUCACACAUCUCGCAACGGGCGAGUCGUGCGGCACCAACACAGACUGUGAAACAAUCACCCUCAACACUGGGACGCUGCAGAGGUUUGAAUUCCUACCCUCUUUCCGACUGCAACCUACAGGAACACCGGGAACCUACCUGAUCCAGACCAGCUCGAGUCAAAGCCUUCCCCUCACACUGACCACCAGUCCAGCUGUCACACUCACCUCACCACCCUCCCCGGAACAGAUUAUCGUCCACACCCUCUCGGCUCUGGUCUCUCCCUCUAUCGACGCAGACAUUGAUGAAGAAACAACACUCAUCGUUUCUGCGGACCACAGCUUUAUUCAGUCAGACGACAUUGACAAUGAUUCGGUUUUGCCAUUAUCAACGUUGACUGAUCCCAUUUUACACCCACAAGGAGACUGCUCAGACAUCAUCAGCUCAUCGUUGGAAAGCCCAGAUCCUGAUGACUAGAGUACCUGCAACAGCAACACUGAUCAUUCACCGUGGGGGGGGAUGGGGGGUCCUGAUAUUUCUACUAUGGUGCUGCCUUCAAACUAACCUGCAAAACGUUGAGAAACCUAAAAGAAUCAUUGUCAUUUGAUUUCAAUUUUCUGUGGUGCAGAUUAACUAAAUGUGACAUUGUGCUACGGAAUACAUUCAUUAAAUACAACCCCCUUCCCCCUUAUUAUGUUAUCAAAGAUUAACAGAUAGGAUUAUUUAUUUGAACUGUUUGUGAAAUGGAAGUUAUUUUUUUUACCGGAUGAACUAAGUUUCACCAUUAAGACUGUUUGUAAGUUUCUAGUUUAGGGAUCUUCAGCUUAAAGUAAUUUUGUACAAACUCUAUCCCCAAAAGCUUUGAACCACAUCACCCCUUGUUUAAUAACAAGGAACUGCAGAUGCCGCUUUGUACCACAGAAAGGCUCAGAGUGCUGGAGUAACUCCGCGGGUCAGGCAGCAUCUCUGGAGUAAAUGGAUACAGAGACAAUAGGUGCAGGAGUAGGCCAUUCGAGCCAGCAUCACCAUUCAAUGUGAUCAUCCACAAUCAGUACCCCGUUCCUGCCUUCUCCACAUAUUCCGUGAUUCCACUAGCCCUAAGAGCUAUAUCUAACUUUUUUGAAUGCAUCUUGUGAAUCAGCCUCCACUGCCUUCUGAGGCAGAGAAUUCCACAGGUUCACAACACUGUGUGAAAAAGUAUUUCCUCAUCUCAGUUCUAAAUGGCCUACCUCUUAUUUUUUAACAGUGGCCCUUGGAUCUGGACUCCCCUAACAUUCCUGCAUCUUGCGUGUCCAAUCCCUUAAUAAUUUUAUGUUUCUAUAAGAUCCCCUCUCAUCCUUCUAAAUUCCAGUGAAUACAAGCCCAGUCUCUCCAUUCUUUCAUCAUAUGACAGUCCCGCCAACCCGGAAAUUGACCUUGUGAACCUACGCUGCACUCCCUCAAUAACAAGAAUGACCUUCCUCAAAUUAGGUGACGUUUCAGAGCGAUGGAGUAACUCAUGUGGGUCGGGCAGCACUUCUGGAGAAUGUGGACAGGUGACGUUUUGGGUCUGAAGAAGGGUCCUGAUCAGAAACGCCACCUAUCCAUGUUCUCCACAGAUGCUGCCUGACCUGCUGAGUUACUCCAGCACUCUGAAACGUCACCUAUCCAUGUUCUCCACAGAUGCUGCCUGACCCGCUGAGUUAAUCCAGCACUCUGUGAAACAUCACCUAUCCAUGUUCUCCACAGAUGCUGCCUGACCCGCUGAGUUACUCCAGCACUCUGGGUCUUUCUUACCCAUUGUUUUGAUGGAGUGCACACACAUUCAUACCUUCUGUUGCCACUCUGUAGGAUGUUAGAAUCUCACUCUAUGUAUAACGAGUCAGAUAAAAACAAUACCCUAGUUCUGCCGCUCACAAUAAAUAGCAAACACGGAAAGGUAAAAUUACAGACAAAAUACCCAAAGCAAACUGCACUACAGCAAUGAUAAAUUUGAUAAAAUACUUAAUUUCACAAACCCUCCACCAAUUACCCUCAAUAGUAUUCACCUUAUUUUUUAAUGCACAAAUGAACAGAAAGCAUAAUGCAAGUUCAAUGUAUAUAAAUUAUUUUAUUACUAUUUAUUCUUUAAAACAAAGUAAAUGCUUUCUUACAGUUGUGUUCUGCAGUACCAGUUCAGUCUUGGUUUGGCUGUCACUUCAUUGUAUAAACUCCAUAGAGUUAAGUGGUUCCAUGGUGCAAUCAUUUCCUUACUUAAAAGACAAAAUAAACAUUGGUCUUGCAGUA